AAUUGCCCUGCCCCUCUGGUGCUGCCACGUGUUAUUUCCCUCCAAUCAUCUCCGUCUAAGCCUCGCGUCGCCAUGUCGCCUGACCUCGAUAAUGCCGCGCAGCAGCUCGAGGCGCGUCAGACCGCCCUUCUUUCCCGCAUCGACCAACUCACAGACCGCCUCUCCGCGAUCACCGCUGCCGCGCAACGAAGCUGGCUCGAACCUUCCGCUGCCGCUUCUCGCGCCGUUCCUUCCGGGCACGCGUCGCAGGCGGGAGGCGAUGAUUUGUCGGAUCUGGAGGGUCCGGUGCCUGGUGACGUGGCAGCAGGGGACGAGACCGCCACGCAGGCGCGGCUCGCCGACGCGAUUCGAGCGGGAGGGAUCUCGCGAUUCCGGUUUCGGCGCGUGCCGUCGGAUUACUACGACUGGACGCUUGAGGCGCGGCGGGAUGCGCUCGGCGCGCCGUCCGUUGACCACCUAUGCAAGAGCAUCGUCAUGACCAACACGCAGGCGCCUGCCGAUGUGGUUGACUGCAGCAACCCGCGCAACUCCAAAUACUACGUCAUCGUGAUUCAGUACUCUGCGCGCCUGAAUGCAGAGAAAGUGCGCAACUUUGUGUAUGAUCUCAACGAGGGCAAGUUGCCCAAGAAGCGAAUCAAUAUGCGCCUGGCCCCUGAGGAAGACUCAAUGGCUCUCACGGGCUUUGAGCACAAUGCCGUUGCUCCCAUCGGCACCUGCACUCCCAUCCCGGUGAUCCUAUCGGAUCGCAUCUUGGCCCUGCGCCCGCGCUACUUCUGGAUGGGGGGAGGCGAGGUGGACCUCAAGCUCGCCAUGGCUGUGGAUGACUUUGUCAACCUGCUGAAUCCCUUUGUUGUGGACUGCACCUACUAGAGGCCUGAGGCGCUUAUCCACCUACCGUACCAUCGGGUGUUUCUGAAUCGUAGGGGGCGAGGUGGUCCUCUGAGCUCGUCAUGGCUGUGGGCGACUUGGUGUUGUGAGCCUUCUCAACCCCUUUGUUGUCGACUGCGAUGCAAGUACUAAAGCUCGGUGGCGCAUAGCCUAGCCUACCCACCAGCUCGUGGUGGUGGAAUGGAGGCAUGUGUGCGGGUAGAAUUCGAUAGGUGCUUGCUGGAAGGCUGGGCAAAGGUGGAUCUUUCCAAGCUAGAGCAGACGUG